AUGAAGCUCAAUCCCAAGAAAUGCGUUUUCGGCGUCACCUCGGGAAAAUUCUUUGGCUAUCUGGUUUCCCACCGGGGAAUCGAGGCCAACCCCGACAAGGUCAAGGCCAUUCAGGACAUGUCCCCACCUCGGAACAUCCGAGAAAUCCAAAGGCUGAAUGUACGUCUGGCCGCGCUGAACCGCUUCCUGUCCCAAUCAGCUGAGAAAGCUCUGCCCUUCUUUAAGGUGCUCAAGAAGGCUGAUCAGUUUGCCUGGACGGAAGAGUGCCAGGCUGCUUUCGACAAGUUGAAGCAAUACCUCCAUCACCUACCCACUCUCGCUUCACCUCGGCCCGAGGAGAAGUUCUACCUCUACCUCUCUGCAGCCGACGAGGCUGUCAGCGCUGUGCUUAUCCGAGAUGAGGGCACUCAAGUACCAGUCUACUAUGUUAGCCGAGCUCUCCGCGGGCCGGAGAUUCGAUACACCCAGGUGGAGAAACUCGUAAUAGGACUGGUCCACGCAGCCCGGCGGCUGAAGCCUUACUUCCUGGCUCAUCCCAUCUCCGUCAGGACCGACCAGCCCAUCCAGCAGAUAUUGGUGCGUCUCGAGGCUUCUGGUCGCCUCACCAAGUGGGCUGUCGAAUUGGGAGACCGACUUCCUCGCCGAGUUGACCUUCACGGAAGGUCCAGAGUCCACCUCCGCCAGUGCCGAGGUGUCCACCCCACCCCAUGGACAUUGUAUGUCGAUGGAUCCUCUAAUGGAGAUGGCUACGGAGCUGGACUGCUCCUGGAAGGACCUCAGGGAGAGGUGUGCUCGUACGCCCUCCGCUUUGGCUUCCCGGCCACCAAUAAUGAAGACGAGUACAAGGCUCUGAUCGCUGGACUCCAACUAGCCCGUAGACUCGGCGCCCAACAGAUCCAUGUUCGCAGUGACUCCCAACAAGUAGUACGCCAGGUUCUUGGUGAAUACGAAGCCAAGGAAGAGACCAUGCAACGGUAUCUCUCCAAAGUUCAUCAACUUACCGCGUAUUUCGAGUCCUUCGAAAUCCAAAAGAUACCUCGAUCCCAUAAUAAGCGGGCCGACGCCUUAUCCCGGCUGGCUUCCACAUCAUUCUCUGACCUCAACAAGACAGUCUUAGUAGAAGUCCUGAAUGAACCGGGAUACAUGGAAGAGGUGGCCUACCCUGUGCACUCUGAAGAUAUUUGGAUGACCCCGUUCAUCCUCUUCUUGGGUCAGGGAACCCUUCCCGAAGAUCGAGCCGAGGCGAGAAAGAUACAAACGCAAGGCUGCUCGACCCGACUACACCGAGUUGGGUCAUCUUGGGUGGAGGAACUCCCCAGUGUCCUGUGGUCGUAUCGAACCACGCCGAGGUCAGCAACGCAAGAGACCCCCUUCUCCCUGACCUAUGGCGCCGAGGCUGUCAUCCCGGCUGAGAUCCUUACCCCCAACACUCGGCUGGCAGCCUAUGCCGCCGAGGUGAACGACAAAAAGAGACAGUUGGGUCUCGACCUCGUCGAGGAACGAAUGGACCUCGCCUCAACCCGGAUAGCUUCCUACAAGAACACACUGGCACACUAUUACAAUGCCCGCGUCAGACACCGUAGAUUCCAGUCUGGAGACUUGGUUCUCAGAAAAAACUCGAUCAGCCGAGCUGAACCGCAAGGAAAAUUGUGCCCGAAAUGGGAAGACCCUUACCGAGUUGUGGAAUCUGACCUUAAGAGAUAUUGUAAACUGAGCUACCGAGAUGGCUCACUAGUGCCGAGGUCUUGGCACGCCGAGAACCUCAAAAUGUACUAUGCUUGA